GGGCCAGCCAAACCUCCAAAAACACCACAAUCAGCGAUGCACUCGGGCUGGUUUUACUCGCACCAACAGAGGCUCGAAUCUAUCGCGGCAUAUAUAGUACUUUGGCUUUCUACGCCACGAAAAAGUGGAUUCCCCAAUUCUCCCUCAUCAGAAAGUUUUUCCGUCUCUGUCUUAACAUACUCGUCGUCUCCUUUCUUCUGCUUCUCCAAAGAAACCUUGAGGAAAGCGGCUCGUUAACACAAGUUGGACGCCAUUGAUGUGUUAUUAAACAUCAUUGUCAGUGGAUUUUGUGUUAGUGCACCACACUUGAAUCCAUUUUCUGGAUUGUUCAUUCAACUUAGACAACCUUCAAUGCUGAGUUCUUCUGUUCUGUGUUGCGAGAGUCGUCGCCAUCAUUGAAAAAAAAAACGGUGCAUAAAAGUUAGGAAUACGAGACGUGAGAGAGGGAAACGACGAACUGAUAAGCAACAGAGCAGAAGCUAAAGUUGGCAGGGCAAGUCUAUCGCCUUAAUAUAGAGAGAUAUCGGGCAAAAGGCGAGGCCAUUCAGCCAGCACAGGCAAUCGACGGCGUAGAUGCUUUUUCGAAAUUGUUAGUCUCAGACGAGACCAAUGUGAAGUUCACUGCACAGGCAUCGUCUGAAACACCUGUUGAUGUGCACAGUGCCGUCGUGCCGUCCAUUCUCAACCACCACAUUGAUUGAAACCAGCAUCAGAACAAAUCACAUUACCGUCUCUUCAUAGUUUUUUUUUUUAGAAAUUGGUCCAAAAUUAUUCGGACGGAGUUGCUCUGCUAUUUAGUUCAUCAUGGCUUAUCGAGAAAAUCGCUUGCCGGGCCCCACCAACGGUUACUCACCAGGUGGAGGCAACGGAGGAGCACAAGGAGAUAUGGAGGACGGUCCAAGCUUUGUUGUCGAACACUUGGCCACGUUCACUGUUUCGCAACAGAAUGAAGUGAUGUAUCCAGCAGACGGAAUGCGACGCCUGUUGCACAUGGAAAAGACGUCCGGCAUUUGGACACAAAAGAUGAUUUUGCGUCUUGACCGCGAAUGGGUCACUAUACAGGAUUUCGAAAACGGCGAGGUGGUUGAACGCUUCCCGCUCAACCUCAUUCUGGAACCGACCGCUUUCACCAGUCUGGAUCCAAAGGAUUUGUACAAUAACAUUUUCAUUUUCGUGGUGGGCGAGGAUCCUCUCAACCGGGACCCACCUGAAAUGCACAUUUUCCAGUGCGUCGGCGUUUCGUCUGAACUCGUUACCGAAGAUAUGAAGAUGUACAUUGCAGGCAAUUACCGACCGAACAAUCCUUCGCGCAUUCCUCCGCCACCUAAUAAGCCGCCACCAGAGCCGCCACUCAACGGGGCCAAUCACGCGGUCUUUAUGCGCCAAAUGAACGAUGACGCCAGUUCAACAUCGAGCGAACGCUAUGAAAAGGACGUGACGGUACUGAAUCGCUGCUUCGACGACAUCGAGCGUUUCAUAGCUCGUUUACAGCACGCUGCUGCAGCUCGCCGCGAGCUCGAACGCCGUAGGAAGUCACGGAAAUCGAAAAAGAAGGAACAAGGUGAUGGUAUGCUGUCCAUGAGAGCUCGACCACCCAGCGAGGCCGAAUACAUUGACAUCUUUCAGAAAUUCAAACUGUCCUUUAAUUUACUGGCCAAAUUGAAAUCGCAUAUUCAUGACCCUAACGCUCCCGAAUUGGUCCAUUUCCUGUUUUCGCCACUAACGCUGAUCGUGGACGCGUCACACGAGUCUAACACGGUGCCCAAUCUUCCGGCGCGUGUCGUUGCCCCUCUGCUCACCUACGACGCCAUCGAGUUGCUUUCUAAUUGCUUGUCUAGCAAAGAAACUGAGCUGUGGCAUUCUCUCGGUGACGCUUGGCACACUCCCAAGGAUAAGUGGAACAGCUACGUCGUCCCUUACGUGCCAACGUUCAUGGAUGGUUGGACACCGGAUGCCUCAUUUUUCCCUGAGGAGAAAGAAGAAAACAAACGCUCAAAUACGGAAAUGACGCGAUACAGCAACGAAUAUUUUUAUGACAGUGACCGUGGAGACCGAAGAUCGCAUUCCCCGCCGUCAGAUCGCGAUUUUGGUCCGCGCAGUGACAUUUCCAAUGAUUCCAUCGAGAAGAAUGGUGAUCCGGCUGCUCGUUUUGAGCAUCAACAACGCCGUUGGCUAGCCGAGCUCAAAGCUCGCAACGCCAAAAUCGUCCAGGUGACCUACCCUCGGACAGCCAACAACGACAAGGAACUGACUGUCGUCCGCGGUGAAUAUCUUGAGGUGUUGGAUAAUAGCCGCAAGUGGUGGAAGGCUCGUAACAUGCACGGCGUAACAGCGCACGUACCGCAUACGAUUGUCACGUUAUUGGUGCCAGACGACGACGUUUUCACGCCGCCAUCAUCGGCUGGUUGGCACAAGGGCAAAAAAGGGUACACGAGUGACAGUUACAGCGAGGAUAGCGAUGGCCUGCCAACGAAGAGCCGUCGACAAAGACCAAGAGCUGAAUCUGUUGUCUCCAUUCCACCGCCACCUCCACCUCUGCCGCCCAAAGAAUCUGAAAAGAAGCAGAACAAGCCAGUCAAAAAAGAGGAAAUCGUAAAGCCUAAACCUAUAAAAAAGAGCGCCAGUAAUCAAGACCUUAUGGUGGAAGAGCUGAAAAAUCUAUUGGACAUUUACCAACCAGAAAAAAGUAAACUGGACAUUCGUAAGACUCCCGAAACGUACAUCACACCAAAAUCGAGUCCCAAUGAAGUCCGCGAUUGGCUCAAAUCAAAAGAAUUCGACGUUGUGAUUCAAAAACGAUUAAAUGGUAUGAGUGGCGAAGAAUUGUUUAAACUGAAGAAAGCCGAUUUGGAGAAAUACUGCGGUAAGGAAGAAGGUCAUCGACUGGACUCGCAAUUGACGCUGCAACGCAAAACUUCAGGAUACCAAACGAUGCGCUCGUCUGAGCUACACGAAGCGUUGAAGAGGGCAAGGAUGAAAACCGAAGUAGAUAGCAAGAACGGAAAAGAACAGCCGAAAGCUAAAAGUGAACCGAAACACGAAGAAGGACGCGAAGACACAGAGCCUAAGGAGUUCUACUUGAACAGCAGCUCUAGCGAUCGUGCGACCUCUCCAACGCCCGAGAAAAAACCAGCGAAAAAACCAGUGAAAAAACCAGCUAAAGCCAAAGCACCCCUGAAUUUAGACGCCGACUAUGAUUCCGACGAUGACACCCCAAUUCCGACGGGAACACUGCGUGACGUUAUCCGCAAGCAAAAAAAGAAGAUGCAAAGUACUAGUAGCUUAGACGACUAGGCUAUUCAAUUUCGCCACUUCACAAGUUACAUCUAAUUUUGUGCGUCGUCUUCCGGAAUCUACCACGGUACAACAUUGAUGUUUUGCAGAACCCAACAACUGAAGCAGAUUUACUUAUAUUAUUACUUAAACCAAAGCAAUUCAAAUUUUAGAAAUCGUUCCAAGAAAUUUAUUUCAGUAUCAUGUCAAACCUAGAAAUGUUAUUUCCUUUACAUUUUCGAGUAAUGCCCACCCUUUAUAUGGCAUAUUUUUCUAUUUGAAAGUAGUACAAGUCUUCAAGUAAAUCGCUGAUGGGUUUAAACACCUGGUGCAAUAGCCAGUUGUUCAGUUUCUGACAACGAAAUACACGUUAUACAGCAUUAAAA